AUGUCACUUCGGCACCAACAUCCCGAGUAUACGCGUCUUGGGUACAGUAUUCUGGAUGUUUCCCCAUUGAAGCUCUACGACCGGCUGAUCAUGGUACUUGCUUUGCUACCGGAGGUCUCUUAUAGCAGCCCCAACGUUAUCUUGACGAACCUCAAUUGCUCUUAUGGCGACCAGCAUGCUCGGGCAGAUAUUACACAUGGGAUACAUGUCAUUCAAGUGAUAUCUUCUGCCCCAAUGAGGGUUUUAGCAGUCGUUAUCUUGCGAAUAACUGCCGCGAUAGCAGAUCUGAUAUGUUCCAGCGCCAAGGCUACUGCAAAGCCCAGACUCCCGCCGCCCAAUGCUCGCAUGGACAUGGUAUCUGCGCAAAUUGACCGCGUGACGGGUCAAAAACCAAAGUCUUUACUUAUAUCGACCCAGCUCGUGCGGACUGUUACGUUCGGCUACUGGGUUUUUCUGAUCUACGAUAUCCAACUGGCGGAACCACACGUUGCUUCAAGACAUCGUAAUAGGGCACUUAUCCACCGGGAGAAACCAUGGCCGGCAGAUCAUUGCACUGGUACAGAUGACUAA